UAUAGGGGGGGAAAAAAACCUCAGCAGGUGUCUUUCACAACAAAACAACCUCAAAGGCAUCAGCUGAAGUCAUGAGCACACACACAGGAAGAAGACACAGUCCUCAAGGGCAGCACAACAUUGCAGGACAAAUAAAUGGCAAUACUCAAGCACAACAUGGUGUUGUACCUGGUAGAGCAGAUGGGGUAAACCGUCCAUUUCCAAACAAGCCUGUUAGUCACAGGAGAUCUCUCCAACCCAGGAAACAAGACUCAUUUGAGUCAAGAGGCUCUUUGUUGCCCAAAGAACAGCAUUCAAAUGGCACUCGAAAGACCAAUGGAGCCCAAGAUCCAAGAAACGACUCGGACAGCAGACAGCCCAGUGGAGAACUGCAGAUGGCCAGAGCAAUUCAUGCAAAAGAGCUAAUGCUACAGGAGAAGCUUUGGAACGUAGAGGAAAAAAUAAGACAAAAGAUCCGAAGAGACACUGCUGCACUUCAUGACCAAAAGAGUGAGGAGCAGAGACACAACUGGGGACAAGCAGAGAGGGGAAACACUCAGACAACAUCCAGGCUGGCUGAGUGUUUCCCCUCGCAGAGGAGAGAACUAGUGAGAAGAGAAAUGAAGAUGCAAGAAAGAGGACGGGAGGAUGUUAAACAACAUAUGAAGACACAUUAUCAAGAAGAAAGGGCCAGGGGAAAAAGAAUGGAAACAGAAGUUGCACAGUUACACAAAAAAGAUCAUAAAGCAACUCACCAGAUCACAGUUCCUGAGCAAGAAGUGAGCGGAGAGCUGAACAAACCAUGGUGGGGAAAAGUGAAAGAGCAUACCAGAAGAAGAGAAAGGGAUGAAAAAAAUGGCAUUUGGGGAGAGAAGUCACAGGAUGGAACAGUGAAAGCAAAAGAAAGACAUCAAAAUACAGCCUCGAUGGGCGAUAAAGGUUGGAAGAGAGAAAGCAACUACGGGAUUUCUGACAAUGAACAAGAUAUGCCUCAAAUGAGUCAGCAGAAAGCUUCUCAUAAAGCUGCAACAGAAGGAAGAAAACUGCCACCAGUCUCUCAACCCUCACAUUCCAGCAGACCAGAGCCGGGGCAGCUGAGACAGGAAGACGCCAGCCUGCAGCUCCUUCCUUGCACUUUUUGCAACAGAAAGUUUGCAAGCGAAAGAUUACAGAAGCAUGUCCAGAUCUGCGAAAAAGUGAAACAAUCCCACCGUGGAGUCUUCAACGCCUACCGGAACAGGACCAAGGGAUCUGCCAUAGAGGAGUUCUGGAAAACCCACAGCAAGAGUCCAGAGGUUAUAAAGAAAAAGGUAAAUACAAGAAAUCUGCACGAAGGCCGACUCCCAGGUGGAACCUCACAGCCAAAAUGGUCCAAUUGAGGAGAUCAGAGCUGACCCUGAACCAUUUGAACAAGUAAUCCACAACUGAUCAAGUCAACCAUCACCAUAUCAUUAGUUAGUAGUCUCUGAAUUGUCUCAUUCAAUUUUUCAUACACAUUUUGUUUUAAAAAUUGCUGUUAUAUAUUUCAUGUGACUUCGAACUGUCUAAGAUGGUUUUUGGCUCUUUACAAGACUAGCACAGCAUUAUAUUAAUAUCAAGAAAUAGAAGUAGCUGCAGG